AGAGAGAGAGAGAGAGAGAGAGAAAGAAAGAUCCCUGCCCCUUCCUCCUCCUCCUCUUCCUCUCCUGGACUCCCAGCCGGCGGCGACAGAGAGGGACACUGAACCAGAUGCGACCGGCAGACCUGCAAGGUGAAUCAGACGCUGGAAACAAGAGGAGCCGCUGCAGCGUUUCCCCUCAGAGACCCCUGUGGAGUUUCUCCCUGAGCGCACCGGCCGCUCCGGCUCAAUCCAAGAAGAACAAAGUAAACUUUUCUCCAGUUUGGAUCCUUGUUGCGCUCAUGGCUCCGCUGCGGACACUCCGGGCCGGCCGGGCAGCGCUGCUCCUGGCGGGGCUCCUCCUGGGGCCCCUGUGGCCCCCCUGCGCCGCCAGCUGCCCGGAGAAAGAGCUGGAGGACAGGGAGGAGGAAGCCAACGUUGUCCUGACCGGAACCGUGGAAGAAAUAUACGACGUGAACCCGGUGCUGAACACCUAUUACUGCAAGGUCAGAGUGUGGCGUUACUUAAAAGGGAAGUCGACCAUCAGCCAGGAGUUCCUUCGCGACGGAGGCAACAAAGUGAAGAUCGGCGGGUUUGGGAAUUCUCUCAUCUGUGACAACCAGGUGGCCACCGGCGACACUCGCAUAUUUUUUCUCAACAUCGACCAGAAGAACGAGCUGAUGCUCAACUCAAGCUUGAUGAGGAUUACGCUUCGCAACCUGGAGGAAGUGGAACACUGCGUCGAUGCUCACAAAUACAUUAUUGCAGACAAACCAUCUCACUUCACUCCGGCCCAGCCUCCCGAUGGUAAGUCCUCUAUGGUUUUUUACCUCCGCUCCCGUUUGACACCCGUCGGGUUCUUUAGGUUUUGCAUUUCGAGCAACGACCUCGGACAGCAGAUCCCUGCCUUUGAAGUGGGCAGCUGACGGUGCUCC